ACCACUUCCACCAACCUACGAACCGUGCAAACAGGUAAGGACCAGAUUUAGAUGUUGAGCUAGACCCGCUUCCAAGAUCCAAACCCCCAGGGACCCCUGUCCAUUUUUGAAGCGGACCCAGAACUGUGUUGAGGCUCAUCUCAACGAAGAUUUACGUUCCAGACCCCCACGUGUAACUUGUAAAAGGUUGCAAAAGGUUUAGUGGAGUGUUAUUCAAAGUGCAAGCGACCCCCUUUUUCUUAACCCUAGGCUGGAUAUGGGGUUAAAGGGUAAUAGCACUAACAAUAAGCUUGCCCCGGCGAAAAUUUUCGCAAUCAUUCAAAACGCGGAUACGAGACCUUGAAAGUUCUUCUUUCCUUCUACCUACCUUCUCUAGAGACAGGUGAAUUGCAGGUCAUUCAACCCUAUCGGCUUAAAGUAGAUCCAUUAUGUCGACAGUUACUACUCAGAUUGAAGCGCCUGUCGCGAGGUCUCGUGUGGUGCAAUUGAAAACCAAGGCAGAGCAGCCGGCAUUGCCAGACAUCAACACUAUCCGAAAGGCUAUUCCCCCUCACUGUUUCCAGCCUUCGACAUGGAGAUCGUUAUCCUAUGUUGCGCGGGAUCUCGUGAUGGCUGCCGUACUUACUUACGGGGCCGUGACGUACAUCCCUUCUGUGUCUAAUCCGGCCUACCGUGCUUCUCUGUGGGUUGUCUACGGAUUUCUCCAAGGUCUUGUCGGUGUCGGCCUCUGGAUCUUAGCGCAUGAGUGCGGGCACGGCGCUUUUUCGGUCCAUCGACAUCUCAAUGAUACAGUUGGCUGGGUUUUGCACUGCGCUUUGGGUGUGCCUUACUUCUCGUGGAAGUUCUCGCACGCUCGACACCACCGCUUCACCGGCCAUAUGCAGAAGGAUAUGGCUUUCGUUCCGCAGACGAAGCCCUCCUGGUUUAUUCAAUCCCUAGGAGAUGCUCUGAGUUCUUUCGUCAACUCCGAGGUUCUAGAGGAUGCGCCUCUGGUGAACCUGAUUCGCUUACUCGGUCAGCAGCUAGGAGGAUGGCAGAUGUAUAUGCUUCUCAACGUAACGGCUGGUGGUGAUAGUAUGCAGAACUUGGAGGCCAAAUGGUGGAGACGCAGCCACUUGGAUCCUUUCAGCGGAGUAUUCCGUCCCCAGGAAGCUAUCUAUGUUCUUAUCUCGGAUUUGGGCCUUGCACUUGUAGCCGCAGGCCUCUACUACAGCUCGUUGGCUCUUGGUUGGCAAACCGUGUUCCUCUUAUAUGGAGUUCCGUAUCUCUGGGUGAAUCAUUGGCUAGUUGCUAUUACCUAUCUCCACCAUACGCACAAGGACGUCCCUCAUUAUGAUGGUGAACGAUGGACUUUCGUGGCCGGAGCUCUUGCUACCGUCGAUCGUGAUUUUGGUUUCAUCGGCCGCCACAUAUUCCAUGGUAUUAUCGAUACCCACGUUGUGCACCACCUGUUCUCGCGAAUCCCUUUCUAUCACGCCGAAGAAGCCACCAGAGCGAUUAAGCCGCUUCUCGGUGAUCUCUACCAUAGCGACGAGCAUUCGUUUAUGAGUUCAUUAUGGGAAACUUCUCGUGAUUGUCAAUACGUGGAAAAUGACCCGAGCAACCCUGGAGUUAUGAAAUGGGCUCAAUAGAUUUUCUAUUUCAAGAGUUAGAAGGUUCAGCACCACUCACGACGAACUCCUUUUGGAGUUUAGAAGACAUUAGAGAAGCAUAGAUGUGGAUCAACAUGGAUAUAGACAUGAAUAGAACGUUAAAGAUGUAUUGUUUUCGCGAUCUUUUGUCUCGUUGAUUUGAAGUAUGAAUAACAUAGUAUGGCUUAUAGGAUUGUACUUACCCGAGGAAUUGCGA